CAUGUUACGUUGUUUACGCAGUUAUCUUCAUAAUGGCGACCGUGCUGGAGAAGCUCCUAUGCUUGUGAAAAUGAAGCGAAUAAGUUAUUUAUUAUAAUAAAACGCCGGGGUUCCCCAUAGGAGGACGUUGCGUCGAAGACAGCGGCUUCCCCAGUGUUUGAAUUACUGUUUUGGUCCAUUGGUAACCCGAAAUGAUGAAGCUCAAGUCAAACCAAACCCGGACAUACGAUGGGGAUGGCUACAAGAAGCGGGCCGCCUGUCUAUGCUUCAGGAGUGAAAGUGAAGAGGAGGUGAGGCCGAGGAUGCAGGGGUGUAGGGUGGGCCGCAGUUCAGGAAAACACAAAUAGCAUGGUAGCUGUAGUUAGCUAGUGUUUGUCAUUUGCUAAUUGGGAAGGUAACUUAGCUAACUACUUUAGCUAACUGUUAGCUACUGGUUUUGGUGUGGUGGUUUGUUUUGUUGAAUCAGCGAACAGGUCGACCACCCAGGGAUAGCUAGCUAGUUAACGUUGUGAUAGCUGGCAACUACAAAGAGUGGGCUAUUUUAUUAUAUCUAGCUAGCUAGUUAACUCGUUGCGGCUAACCAAACAGUACAAAUAUUACUAACUAGUUGUUGGCCACAUUGUUGGUUACCUAGCUAGCUAGGCUAACUAAGGCGUAGCCAACUAACGUUAACUUUUAUAAUAACAUCUCUUGCUACUUGCUAACCAGUGCGCUAGCCAGCAAUAUCUUCUUGCUAUCUAGCUAACAUUGUUAAUGCUAGCUAGCUAGUAUCUUUCUGGUUAUAGUGAUCACUUUAAACACUGACAAUCAAUCAAUGUUUAGCAACAUUGUCAAUGGCUCAAAACUAGUGUUGACUCGUGUUAGUAAAGAUAAUUUAGCUAGCGCCAAUGACUAGUUAUCUAGCCACAUUUACUAGAUGGAUAGCUACCGUUAGCUAGAUAGCUAGUUAUGGGCCUUCCUUUGCUUGCCUGGGACUAGCAACAGGUAACUUGACUGGACCUACCACUAACUAACCUUGCUUGUGAGAAAACUAGCUACCUACCUAGUUAUUCCUUCAAUUUAGCUAGCAAAUCUGAAAUGUGGGUAGCUUAGUGGUUAAGAGCGUUGUCAGUAACCGAAAUGUCGCUGGUUCUAAUCCCCGAGCCGACUAGGUGAAAAAUCUGUCGAUAUGCCCUUGAGCAAGGCACUUAGCCCUAAUUGCUCCUGUAAGUCGCUCUGGAUAAGAGCGUCUGCUAAAAUGAUUAAAAUGUAAAUGUACUAGCUAUUUUAUCUGGAGGUCAGCUAACAACCCAUUGCAUCACUCAUAUGGCCCAUAUUAUGGGUGCCAACAUGGCAAAAGACAAGUUGGUGUCACCAAGCCAUCUGUCAUCACUGACACUGCUGUAGUAAUCAAUGAUUUAUAUAGCUAUACACACGUCAUUGGUAGUAAUAUGUCUCGGUUGUUUAUGCCAGGGAGCUAUGCCUAAAUUAUGCAUGCAUAAUAACUAUAUACAUUAGGCCAGGGGUGGCAAACUCAUUCCAUGGAGGGCCUAGUGUCUUCAAGUUUUUCUUUCUUUCCUUUCAAUUAAGACUUAAACGACCAGGUGAGGGGAGUUCCUUACUAAUUAGUGUCCUUAAUUCAUCAAUCAAGUACAAGGGAGGAGCGAAAACCCGCAGACACUUGGCCCUCUGUGGAGUGAGUUUUGACAUGUGCAUUAGGCGAUCAGUUCUUGCAAAUGUCACCUGUAAUUUGAAUAUGACAUGUUUUCUUCAACUGAGUAGAGAAGUUAUCUCAACAACAUGCUCUGCUGUGUUUACAUUGAAACCUGAAACUCUAGAUUUGAUUGAUAGUGCUCAAUACUGUAUCCUUUUACUGCAGGUGCUGUUGGUGAGUAGUAGUCGGCAUCCAGACAAGUGGAUCGUCCCUGGUGGAGGGAUGGAGCCAGAAGAGGAGCCCAAUGUAGCAGCAGCACGAGAAGUCUGUGAAGAGGUUAGUUUCUUUCCCUCUCAUAUCAUUGACUGUAAUCAUUCAAACUACAUUCCCACACUGCUUUGUAUCCCUGCAUUUCAGGGAACCUGUAGGUGUCUCCCAUAGUCUGUUAUGGAUAUUGGAGAUGUUGCUCUCUUUGUUUUAGGUGUGGCUUUUGGGGUAGACAAAAUCAAUGUUUUUUUUAUUGCAAACCACACCCCUGGAUUACAAAUGGCAUCAAGUUGUUGAGAUUUGCUAAUGUGAGUAGUAACACAUUUUGUCUGCCGCUGUUGGUCCCAUGCUGUUUACCUUGAUAUAGCUUUUUGAAAGACCGCUCUAAGUUUUGAGCUCAACACGUAUAUUAAUCCAAGUUGGUCAAAACACAUCCACUUUGGGCAGUGCAGUUGAUCUUGAUCAUACUCAGUGUACUGAGAAAAGAAUGGCAACAUCCACAGUAGCUAAGCAGACAGGAAUAUUAAAGUGCCAAAGGGAGUUUGGCAACUAUUAUUUUUUAAACCUCAUGCUUUGGGCUGGAUGUGUCAAUGUGUAGUUCAUGUAUGCAUAAUCUAUGAGCAAAAUUAAUCUGGUACCUCAAUUAGCCACGAAAUUGGAAGCGGUGCGGCACCAUUUUCCCCCACGUGGGCCAUCCCCCUAGCAAUUCGAGUUCUAGCCAAUAAGCUUCAGCCCCUCGCCAUUUGAGUGACGGCUAGCAAGAUGCGCACACACAGCAGAGAGAGAGCAAUGAUGUGGUGCACAUAUCUGCACAUAUGUGACGUAGUAUGCAACUUUUGGGGACCACUUUUGGCUUGUGAGCGCUACUUUCAGAACUACUGGCAAAAAAGUUUACAAAAGUACCAGAGAAUCUCUUUAAAGGGAUACUUUGGGAUUUUGGCACUGAGGCCCUUUAUCUACCUCCCCAGAGUCAGAUGAACUCGUGGAUACCAUUUUUAUGUCUCUGUGUCCAGUAUGAAGGAAGUCAAGAGGUAGUUUCGCGAGCCAAUGCUAACUAGCGUUAGCGCAAUGGCUGGAAGUCUAUGGGUAUGUGCUAACAUUUGUGUGUUGACAUAAUGUAGCCUAUUCUCUAUUUAUACUUUGAUGCCUAGUCACUUUACAUUUACGUCAUUUAGCAGGCGCUCUUAUCCAAAGCGACUUACAAAUUGAUGCAUUCACCUUAUAGCCAGUGGGAUAACCACUUUACAAUUAUUAUUUUUUUUGGGGGUGGGGUAAGGGGGGUGGUUAGAAGGAUUACUUUAUCCUAUCCCAGGUAUUCCUUAAAGAGGUGGGGUUUCAAAUGUCUCCGGAAGGUGGUGAGUGACUCCGCUGUCCUGGCGUCGUGAGUGAGCUUGUUCCACCAUUGGGGUGCCAGUGCAGCGAACAGUUUUGACUGGGCUGAGCGGGAACUGUGCUUCAGCAGAGGUAGGGGAGCCAGCAGGCCAGAGGUGGAUGAACGCAAUGCCCUCGUUUGGGUGUAGGGACUGAUCAGAGCCUGAAGGUACGGAGGUGCCGUUCCCCUCACAGCUCCGUAGGCAAGCACCAUGGUCUUGUAGCAGAUGCGAGCUUCAACUGGAAGCCAGUGUAGUGUACGGAGGAGCGGGGUGACGUGAGAGAACUUGGGAAGGUUGAACACCAGACGGGCUGCGGCAUUCUGGAUGAGUUGUAGGGGUUUAAUUGAACCAUGAUGAUUUAAUAUUUACAUUUGAACCCAGGGACUUUUCUUGUUUACACACAAUACCCUAUAAUGUCAAAGUGGAAUUAUGUUUUUAUUUUUACAAAUUAAUAAAAAAUGAAAAGCUGAAAAGUCUUCAGUCAAUAAGUAUUCAACCCCUUUGUUAUGGCAAGCCUGAAUAAGUUCAGGAGUAAAAAUGUGCUUAACAAAUCCAAUAGUUACACAUAGUGUUUAACAUGCUUUUUGAAUGAAUACCUUGUCUCUGUACCCCACAAAUACAAGUAUCUGUAAGGUCCCUCAGUCAAGCAGUGAAUUUUAAACACAGAUUCAACCACAAAGACCAGGGAGGUUUUCCAAUGCCUCGCAAAGAAGGGCACCUAUUGGUAGAUGGAAAAAAUAAAAGCAGACAUUGAAUAUCCCUUUGAGCAUGGUGAAGUUAUUAAUUACGCUUUGGAUGGUGUAUCAAUACACCCAGUCACUACAAAGAUACAGUCGUCCUUCCUAACUCAGUUGCCGGAGAGGAAGGAAACCAGGGAUUUCACAAUGAGACCAGUGGUGACUUUAAAACAGUUUACAGAGUUUAGUGGCUGUGAUAGGAGAAAACUGAGGAUGGAUCAACAACAUUGCAGUUACUCCACAAUACUAACCUAAUUGACAGAGUGAAAAGAAUGAAGCCUGUACAGAAAAAAAUAUAUUCCAAAACAUGCAUCCUGUUUGCAACAAGGCGCUAAAGUAAUACUGCAAAAAAUGUGGCAAAGCAAUUAACUUUUUGUCCUGAAUACAAAUCCAAUACAACACAUUACUGAGUACCACUCUCCAUAUUUUCAAGUAUAGUGGUGGCUGCAUGAUGUUAUGGGUGUGCAUGUAAUCGUUAAGGACUGGGUAAGUUAAGGACUAGGAGUUUUUCAGGAUAAAAAAGAUACGAAAUGGAGCUAAGCACAGGCACAAUCCUAGAGGAAAACCUGGUUCAGUCUGCUUUCCACCAGACACUGGGAGAUGAAUUCCCAUUUCAGCAGGACAAUAACCUGAAAAUGGUUGUCUAGCAAUGAUCAACAACCCAUUUUUAGAGAAUUUUAUGGGCAAAUGUUGCACAAUUCAGGUGUGGAAAGUUCUUAGAGACUUACCCAGAAAGACUCACAGCUGUAAUCGCUGCCAAAGGUGCUUCUACAUAGUGUUGACUCGGGUGUGAAUUCUUAUGUAAAUUCGAUAUUUCUGUAUUUCAUUUUCAAUACAUUUGCUAACAUUUCUAAAAACAUUUCACUUUGUCAUUAAGGGAAAUUAAUUUAUUUAAUCCAUUUAGAAUUCAGGCUUUAACACAACAAAAUGUGAAAUAAGUCAAAGGGUAUGAAUACUUUCUGAAGGCACUGUAGGUAAUGAUUAGAUUUAUUUAUUUUUUAUUUCACCUUUAUUUAACCAGGUAAGCCAGUUGAGAACAAGUUCUCAUUUACAACUGCGACCUGGCCAAGAUAAAGCAAAGCAGUGCGAUAAAAACAACAACACAGAGUUACAUAUGGGGUAAAAAAAAAAACAUAAAGUCAAAAAUACAACAGAAAAUAUAUAUACAGUGUGUGCAAAUGUAGCAAGUUAUGGAGGUAAGGCAAUAAAUAGGCUAUAGUGCAAAUUAAUUACAAUUAGUAUUAACACUGGAAUGCUAGAUGUGCAAGAGAGUAUGUGCAAAUAGAGAUACUGGGGUGCAAAGGAGCAAAAUAAAUAACAAUAUAGGGAUGAGGUAGUUGGGUGGGCUAAUUUCAGAUGGGCUGUGUACAGGUGCAGUGAUCGGUAAGGUGCUCUGACAACUGAUGCUUAAAGUUAGUGAGGGAGAUAAGUGUCUCCAGCUUCAGAGAUUUUUGCAAUUCGUUCCAGUCAUUGGCAGCAGAGAACUGGAAGGAAUGGCGGCCAAAGGAGGUGUUGGCUUUGGGAAUGACCAGUGAGAUAUACCUGCUGGAGCGCAGACUACGGAUGGGUGCUGCUAUGGUGACCAAUGAGCUAAGAUAAGGCGGGGAUUUGCCUAGCAGUGAUUUAUAGAUGGCCUGGAACCAGUGGGUUUGACGACGAACAUGUAGUGAGGACCAGCCAACAAGAGCGUACAGGUCACAGUGGUGGGUAGUGUAUGGGGCUUUGGAGACAAAACGGAUGGCACUGUGAUAGACUACAUUCAAUUUGCUGAGUAGAGUGUUGGAUGCUAUUUUGUAAAUGACAUCGCCGAAGUCAAGGAUUGGUAGGAUAGUCAGUUUUACGAGGGCAUGUUUGGCAGCAUGAGUGAAGGAGGCUUUGUUGCGAAAUAGGAAGCCGAUUCUAGAUUUAACUUUGGAUUGGAGAUUCUUAAUGUGAGUCUGGAAGGAGAGUUUACAGUCUAACCAGACACCUAGGUAUUUGUAGUUGUCCGCAUACUCUAGGUCAGACCCGUCGAGAGUGGUGAUUCUAGUCGGGUGGGCGGGUGCCAGCAGCGUUCGAUUGAAAAGCAUGCAUUUAGUUUUACUAGUGUUUAAGAGCAGUUGGAGGCUACUGAAGGAGUGUUUUAUGGCAUUGAAGCUCGUUUGGAGGUUUGUUAACACAGUGUCCAAUGAAGGGCCAGAUGUAUACAAAAUGGUGUCGUCUGCAUAGAGGUGGAUCUGAGAGUCACCAGCAGCAAGAGCGACAUCAUUGAUAUACACAGAGAAAAGUGUCGGCCCAAGAAUUGAACCCUGUGGCACCCCCAUAGAGACUGCCAUAGGUCCAGACAACAGGCCCUCCGAUUUGACACACUGAACUCUAUCUGAGAAGUAGUUGGUGAACCAGGCGAGGCAGUCAUUUGAGAAACCAAGGCUAUUUAGUCUGCGAUUUUAUGUACAAAACAUUCAUCACCAUAUGUCUGCUGCUGAGGGACAAGCGAGAGCUAUGAGAAAACAAGUUUUGAUCAGUCAUGGAAAUAAAAGUGCUGAAAAUAAAUUGACUCCCUAGUUUAAAAAGAUGAAAAACAACUGAUUCAGUUUGAUCAUACAAACGGGGUACUUUUGGAAGGCACUUGCUUAUAGAUUGGGUCAUGUACCGUAUACUGGAGUAUUUUGAAAAAGCCAUUGAAAUUAUUUAUUUGAAGUUUGUGCCAUACCCGGGAUAUUCGGUAAUAUCGGCACUGAACACAAGGAGCGCUUUUUUCAAACCCCACUGACACUCUGUAAUCAGAAGGUUAGCAAUGCUAACAAGUACAUGUAAAAUCCCAUAGAGAAUGCUAACUAAAUGCUAACGACUGCAUUGUGAACAUUUUGUACAGUUUCUGACCUAAACUAUACAAGUAACAAAAAAAUGCUACUAACAGUUUGCUGCACGCACAAAACAAAUAUUAGCCCGCAAGGCUCUUGAUCCAGGAGGGGAUUUUCGGUUGUUACCAAGCGAAUGCUUGAUUUUGAAAGAAGCUAACCACUUAGCUAGAUAGCUAACUAGCUACUAAAUUAGCAAACCAAAGGCACAACUGCAGAGCAUUUAGCACAUUUUAGACAGUUCAUUUAAUAGUUAUAAGAUAUCUAGCUGGCAAACGUUUAGUGGUGAAUUCCAUACUGUAAUUAGAUCGCCUGGCGCAUGCUGCACAACAGUGAGUGACUCACAAGGCUAUGGUCUCUUGUUGUAGUGAGCUUGUAAACAAAACCAUGUGUCACGUGACUAUCAGAAAGUUCAUAAUGUGACAGCUGAAAUGGAAAAACGCAAUGUUCUUUAUCUCCUAACGUAUUGCACAAGUUGACUGCAGGUAUUUAUUUAAAGUAGCUAUAAAUAUUCAAACGUAUUAAUGAACUUCAAAUAAAUAGUUUCAACGGUAUUGAAAACUAUCCCGUGGCUUUUUCCAAAUACCCCAGUAUACGGUAUACUGCCCAAACCUAUAAGCAAGUGCCUUCCAAAAGUACCCAGUUUGUAUGAUCAAACUGAAUCAAACCAUCUCUAGUGCUGCUGCUGGUUUAAGCCUCUUAGUGCACUGUGUUGUAAUAGGUCAUAAUCCUUGCUCUAAUUCUGAUGGCCAUUUGACAGGUGACUGCUUCUAAUGCUGGGUGGUUUGGAGUCCGGCCAAGACUGAAAGACAUAGAAGCAGGUCAAGGGUUAUGGAUAGUAGUGAUGGGGGGGGGGGGAUCGAUAGUUACAUAUAAUUUCACGAUAAUGUCUGAAAACAAAUUGACUCUAUUUUUAAAAAGAUGAAAAACAAUACAAUAUAUUAUAAUGUUUUUCAUCCUUUUAAAUAGGGAGUCGAUUUGUUUUCAGCACUAUUAUUUCCAUGACUGAACAAAACUGUUUCUCAUGGCUCUCUCUUGUCUCUCUGCAGCAGACAUGGUGAGCAAUAUGUUUAGAACAUCGAAACGCAAUACAAUCACAGUAUCGAAUCAUAAUACAUAUAGAAUCGUUAGAAUCGCAAUACAUAUCGUAUUGGCACCAAAGUAUCGUGAUAAUAUCGUAUCGUGAGGUCCCUGGCAAUUCCCAGCCCUAGAUAGUAACGUGUCAAACUACAGUGUCCACAGCCACUCGUCCUCAACUGACCUGACCCAGCAGGGUCCAAAUGGACUGGAAUGCAGCUCUAAUGCUCAUGUUUUUCACUCACAUUCUCAUUAUGAUGUGGAGAGGGUGGCCAUUUUGAGUAGAGAAGGUGGAUGAGAGGAACUGAAGUCUACUCUUAAUAAUCCCCUGUAGCUCAGUUGGUAGAGCAUGGCGCUUGCAACGCCAGGGUUGUGGGUUCGAUUCCCACGGGGGACCAGUAUGAAGAAAAAAAACAAUGUAUGCACUCACUUAACUGUAAGUCGCUCUGGAUAAGAGCGUCUGCUAAAUGACUAAAAUGUAAAUGUAAUAAUUAGACCUAGGCUAUCCAAACCCUGCCUAUUCUCCAGUCAGCCCAGUGGUGGUCUUCCCCAUAUGAUCUGGUUGACUGCAUGAAGGGUGUGUGAUUGAUACUGGGGUAUACUUCCAAUGGGGUCCAGGUUUAUUAAUAGGCUGAAACUGGAACCUGAAGAAGAUGCAUCCUCUAGUAGUAUCUAAAUCUGGCCCAGUACCCCUCAGUCUCUGGGAGUCAGACGCAAACAAGAUAUGUCUUUUUCACACUUGGAGUUGUUUACAAAACACCUUUUUAUGUGUGAACCAUGGCGGGUUGAGGUACUGGUGUGUGCCGGUUUUGAUAUAGCAGGAUAAUUGUGUGACAGAAUAUUUUUUUGAAAGCCAUCUUCAGGACAUGUUGUAGUACAGGCCAAUUCAUCACUGCAGUGACACAGGCCCUUAAGAUUUGAAAGAGUAAUGUAUUAGUUCCUUAGAUAUGAUUUUGUGUUUUGAUUCACUUCCUUGUUUAUUUUUUUGUUCAACAGGCAGGUGUGAAGGGGACUUUAGGUCGCCUAGUUGGAAUUUUUGAGGUGAGUUUAUGACAUUCUUAGGCGUGCUGAAGGUGAUUUGGGAGUGGAGAGAAAUAUUGACUUUGUUCUUAUACAUUGACUUUAUUAAAAAUAAUAUAUAUAUAUAUAUAUAUAUAUAUAUCUAUCUAUCUUACAGAACCAAGAGAGGAAACACAGAACCUACGUCUACAUUCUUAUCGUAACUGAGGUCUUGCAAGAUUGGGAGGACUCGGUCAACAUUGGUGAGUGGCUUUCAUUUCAAUCUGAUUCUACUAGAUUGUUUGAAUUCUGGUUAUAGUUGCCUAUGUCUGUCUUAACUUGUUCUGUUCAUGUUCCUUUAACAGGGAGAAAAAGGGAUUGGUUUAAAAUAGACGAUGCCAUACAAGUGUUGCAGUGUCACAAGCCUGUGCAGGCCACCUACUUCGAGGGUUGCCUGACCAGCAAUGGGACGCCCCUGGUGGCCACGAUAGGCGGAGAACUCUCCCCCACCUACAACAUCAACCAGAGCUCUGUGUCGGGUAUCAGAUAACUAAAACAACGCUGACACAACCCCAGGAGCUCUCGCCACCACUCUCGCUCUUACUUCUAUUCUUCUGUUUGUCUCAAAUACCAACAUGGUUUGCCUUGCCAACUCUUUUGUGCCAUAAUUGUGGCACAGACUUGACAAGUAUUGGGUGAAGAUUCUGAAACCCUUUGAAAAUGUAAUUUUUGAUUCUUUUUUGUUAUUUUCAUUGUGUUGAAAAUUGCAUGAAGCAUCCCACUCUCCCAUUCUACAACCUUAACGCACCCUUAGCGUGGUGUUUAUUGAAUGCAAGAACUACUUUUUACUGUUGUGAUGUAAAAGUGUAUACUUAGUGCUUAAGCUCAAGGCUUUCAAUUGUAUUUUAUGUCUUUUGGUUACUUUCUGUGAAUGAGUGUGGCCAAGAGCGUGUUUCCCUCUUAAGGAUAGGAAAUUCAAGCCCGACUGUUAUGUUUUUUUGGGUCCGAUUUAGAUUCUUUUUUUUGGGGGGGGGGGACAAAACGUACUGAUAUAUCUGCCGAAAUGUUUUACAGGGGGGAAAUGAAAGUGUCAUUUUCCCACUGACUUCUCAUAAAUUGCCAUCCAAAAGAGCAGUUGUCCAAUAACUAUGCUUCAAAUGUUGAUUUCAUACAUUGUGACAAUGACGCAUCAUGAGAAUGGCAGCAAGUGUUCAGAUAAGCGUGAGAUUCACUUUUUCCUCCAUCCUAUUUAUUGAAUAUCGGUUAUCGUGGAAUUAUCGUCCGAUAUUAGCGGUAAAAGGCCAAUAUCUGCCGACAAUAUCGGUGAACCCAUAUAUUGGUCGGGCUCUA